UCCCCAAGGUCAGGAGCGCUUAGGCAAGGCGGCAAAUGGCGCUCCCCCUCGCCACCUCUCUUUCAAGCACAUCGCGGGCGGGAGUUCGCUGGGUUUUGUACGGCCGCUACGGCUGCCGAAGGUCCAGCAUCGCCAGUGCUCGCGUCUAGCGUCAGUACUCGGAGUCUGAGUGUCGGCGCAGUCGCACCGUUGCCGUAGCGCGUCAGCUGUUGUCGGCAGUUCUAAGGAAAUCCGGGGGCAGAGGCGACUGCGUAUCGCUUCGCACACGAUACCGCCCUGAACUGCAUUUACUCGGAAAGCCCGUCGACUGGUAGCUAAUAAGCACCUUUCUUUUUUAUUUCUAAAGUGAAAGCGAGUCGAGGCAUGACCACCAUGAAGAAACUUGUGCUCAAGUGUCUACUCAUGGUCAUCCGCUACGUGAAAGUGCUCAAUGAGUUUUUUCUCACGUCGCUGUUCGCCUUCAUCCAUGGCAAGCCCAAGCGCCUGCCUCCUAUCACCGACGAAAUACUGCUGGAACCGGCCACUGUGCUCGCCGAACAGAUCAGGACCGGCAAGCUCAAGAGUGUCGACCUAGUUGAGCGGUACCUACGACGCAUGCGAGAUGUGCAGCCGGUGAUCAAUGCCGUGGUCGAAGACCGGUACGAGGAAGCCAUAGCCGAAGCUGAAGCUGCCGACCAGCUCGUGGCAUCCGGUACAGUCACACCGGAGCAGUUGGCCAAGGACAAGCCCUUCCUUGGUGUGCCACUCACAACCAAGGACUGUUAUGCUGUCAAAGGCAUGCUUCAAGAUUCGGGUCUGGUGCUACGAAAGGGCUUCCGUGCACCACAGGAUGCCGACUGCAUGGCCCUACUGCGCAAGGCCGGUGCCAUCCCGCUAGCGGUCACCAACGUCUCGGAGCUGUGCAUGUGGUGGGAGUCAUACAACAACCUGCACGGUCGCACCAACAACCCUUACGACAGCCGCCGCAUCUGCGGCGGAUCUAGUGGAGGUGAGGGAAGCCUCAUCGCUAGUGCUGGCUCCGUAUUCGGUGUUGGGACAGACAUCGGCGGAAGCAUACGGAUGCCGGCAUUCUUUAACGGCAUCUUUGGCCACAAGCCGACAAGAGGUCUGGUGUCAAACAAGGGCCAGUACCCACCGGCACGCGAUGAAUCACUGGAUGCCUGUCUCGUGGCUGGUCCCAUGUGCCGCUAUGCCCGGGACCUCGAACCCAUGCUGGCCAUCAUGGCAGGCACCCGUGCGUCCAUGGUGCCAUUCAACACUAAGGUGGACUGGUCCAAGGUGACAGUGUACUACAUGGUUGACGAUCUUGGCGGCACCCUCUGCACACCUGUCCACCCCGAGAUGAAAGACGCCGUGCGCAAGGUGGUCCGUUACUUUCGUGAAACGCACGGCAGCACGGUGGUUGAGCUGGCCCUCGAAGAGUUCCGGUACUCGGCCCAAAUCUUCACCGCAAGGCUCGCUGCUGCAGCUGUGCCGCCCUUUUCUGCGGAACUGACACUGCUCAAGGGGAAAGUGCGCGUAUGGCGCGAACUCGUGCGCUGGAUGCUGCGCCGUUCACCGCACACUCUACCCGCCCUCGCUCUCUGCCUGCUGGAAUGGCUCUCUCCGAAGCGUGGCCACCCGGCACUCACGCGCGUCCUGUCACGGGCCGACACGCUGCGAGACCGUCUCGACACGCUUCUCGGAGCCGGCACCGCCAUAUUCGUCUACCCGUCGCACCCCGAGCCGGCGCCUUUUCACUAUCAGCCGAUGCUCAAACCAUUCAACUAUGCCUACACGGCCAUCUUCAACGUGCUUGGUUACCCGGCGUGCCAGUGUCCCGUUGGGAUCUCCCCGACCACGGGCACUCCACUCGGCGUACAAGUGGUGGCCGGCUUCUUCAAGGACCACCUCUGCUUGGAGGGGGCGCGAGAGGUCGAGAAGGCGUUCGGUGGCUGGCGUCAACCUCCGGCAAAGUAGGAGCCUUCUCGGCCUUCAGACGGCCUUCUCAAACGGAUGGCGUCACUUUACCUUCUUCUCUUAAAGAAGCGGACAUUGCUGCUCGGAUCUGCUCACAGGUUCACCCAUUUUCUUGGCCAAAGAUGUGGCUUUGAGGCUGAAACACCAGUGAAAAGUGAUGUAUAAGUAGACGUGUCUUUUUUGUUAUUAUUAUGUUUGUUUCAUACUGUGCUCAUGAGCUUCGGCUGGAGCUUGACUUGAGAAGAGUGGUUUGAUUGCAUUGUCCCAUGGCAGACUCUUGACUGUGUGCGACGGUUGACCAGGCGCGCAUUGUUGUCAAGACAUUUCGAGUUAGUGCCCAAUACAGUGUGUGAAGUGCGCAGAAGUCGCCUGGAGCAGUCAUUUCACGGCGCAUCUUCCCGCGAAGUGAGUCACACAUCUGCAUCGUAUUCAGCAGGAUCCUCGGACUUGCUAGUCCUUCCACUGGACUCUUCUCUCGGAAUGUGUGGUGGUCCACGCAGCGAAUUUCGUUUUUGUCUGCCUCCGUGCCUCCACGCACCGUUCGACCGUGUUCUGCAACCUCCCGACCUAGCAAAUAUAUUUUUGUUUAUCACGUGUAGUAGCCCGGUGAUGCUCGUUGAUGUCCAUUGGUUAUCUUUUCGUGCUUUUGUGUAAACAUCCGUCACAUGUGUGUUGUGCGUCAUAGUGGAAAGAGCGAACCAUUUGCAAAGCCUAGUACAGUUGCAUGUGCAAUGGUGGUCAGCCAUUGCUUAUGCUUACCACCACGUUCUGAUGUGUCCUGUAUUGUGUAUUGCGUUUGAAGCCGAGAAGGAUGAGCUUGCAUUCUUCCAUUAUUCUCACAACUUAUCCAAACCGGUGAUACCGUUUGGCUGCAUCGUGAUUUGUUCGUUCAAAGAGACUUGUAUUUGUUGCUCGGUGACGGGUCUAUCCAGGAGUUGCGCAUGCUCACUGAUGGUAAUACUAGCAGCACCUUUGUAGCUUCGGUUAAUGGUGUCGUCCCCUUUCGUAUAAAGUUCCAAACCAAUGCAGCCAUGCCAUAUUUUGAGACCACUGCCUUAGACCUUCUCAUGUAUAAGACAACUUCAGCUUUACAUGACCACUUGCAGUAGAGCACGUAUACUGCACCACUUUUGCCACAGAGCCGUUUUCCAGCGUAAACCAAAUGUAGCUGCCCCGAAAGAAUGUGUAAGGUCAUUCUUGUCCUUGAGUAGAGCUUUUUUUUUCCUUUUAAUCUCUCUAGCUAAGGGCCAGUGUGCGAAACUGCAGUGGCAGAUCACUGCUGACUGCUAGGAGUUCUAUCGUUCUUUUUUUGUUUCUUUGUUUGUUUUCGAUAGUUUGCCCUUAGGCAUAGUAAAAUACGGUGUCAAAGAUACAUGAACAAAUUUCAUUCAUGCGGAAAGUCUAGCAAUGAACGAUGAUAUAGCCCAUGGAUCCAACAAUCAAGGCGGGCUAAUCAGCCAGGCCUGUUGCACAGAGGUGGUGAAGACACGAUUCUUUUUUUUUUACGCACAAUUUGGCGUAGUUACAACGAGAGCAUGUGCAGCAUUUAAUGUGCCUACCAGAUGUAGGUAUCCCUUUCAGGAGCGUUUGGCAAAUCAUUGAGUGUUCCUGAAAACCGGGCA